CGAGAGGCGUGGGGACGAGGAGGAGCAAGCAGCACGAAAGCGUGCCGAGAGUCGCGAGUAGAGAAAUCCAAACUAUAAACCACGCCAAUUCUCGGACUACUUAUUCGCUUUCUUCACAUUAGGUAAGCCAGAGAACUGACAAGUGGGACAGAACGCCACGAACCAGGCUGCGAUGCUGCUGACGUCCCGUUCAGAUACCUCGGCCUGGUGUUAAAGAUGCUUUUGUCUGGACGUCAUACCUGGGGGUGACCCUGAGUGCUGGUGGCCGACUCUGCAUCCCAGGUGGGGAUGGCCGGCCGGACCCCCCAGUGGGGGACGUGUGUCUGUCUUCAGACUCUGCUGGCCUUUGCCGUGGCCAGCUGUCCCUCCCUGACCCCAAACACAGUCAAUUUCUCGGUGGUUUACACCAUGCCCUUUUUCCAAGCCCGUGGCCCGAUCCAGAACAUUGUCAACAACUCCUUCUACCAGGAAGUGUACGUGGCCUCGCAAAAUGUCAUCGAAGCCGUCAACAGAAGCUUGGAGAAGACAUGGGGACUUCGGACCGGGCCGGUGGGGAGUCCGGAAUGUCAGGUUUGUGAUUUGUGUCAAAUAGACAGAGACCCCAACUUCUUGGAGGACACAAACAAUCAGGUGUUGUUGCUGGACACCCUCUUCAUGUAUUUGUAUUCGUGUGGAAGUUCCCAGUAUGGCGUUUGCUAUUUUCACCAACUCACCAACGACGGAGAGCCACCAUCUAUUUCCAAGUGCUUGUUUCGAGCCGGUUCAAACUCUGCCGCUUACUGUCCCGACUGUGUCGCCAGCCCUCUUGGUACCAAAGUCACCAUGGUGGAGGAAGGUCAGACGGUCUACUUCUUUGUCGCCGCUACCGUCAAUGAAAGUGUGACUCAGCGUUACGGAAGGAAGUCCAUAUCUGUGCGUCGACCUCUGGCGACCGAAGACGGCUUCUACCGCGACGUCCGUGGCCUGACUGUCCUUCCCGGGCUGAGGAGGACUUACCACAUUGAAUACGUCUACAGCUUUUUCACUCAAGAGUUUGUGUAUUUCCUCUCCGUUCAAAGAGAGAGUCCGGACCAGGAUUCAUCUCCAUUUCAAACUCGACUGGGCCGUCUUCCGCGGAAUGAAUGGGAGAUGAAACGAUACCGCGAGGUCAUCCUGGAAUGUCGUUUUGAACCUAAACGGCGGCGGAGGAACGUGGUCGGUGAACCUUACAGGGACGUGGUGUACAAUGUGGUUCAGGCAGCACAUUUUGGCAAAGCCGGCAGGGAGCUGGCUGAAGAAUUGGGCGCGGAGGAGGAGGAUGACAUCCUCUAUGGAGUCUUCGCCGUCACGGACGACAAUGGAGUCACCGAGCAUGAUUCAGCCCUGUGUGCCUUCCCUGUGGACAACGUCAACGAGGCCAUCGCCGACGGGGUGGAUGACUGCUGUGAAUCUGGACCCGAGCAACUGUCCAGGGGACUUUGCCACUUCCAGCCCUGUGAAAGCUGUCCUCAUGAGAGCAUGGAGAACAAUGCCACAUGCAGAGACCAUCCAACCAUGGUUUCCCAGCCCUACUACAGAGUGGACCUCUUCAACCGGCAGAUGACAAACGUCCUCCUCACCUCUCUGUUGGUGACCACCAUUGACAACAAGACCGUUGCCCAUAUGGGUACCUCCAACGGUCGGCUGCUGCAGCUGGUGCUGACAAGAUCCAGCCCGAUUAUCUUUGCCAAUUACUCUUUGGCAGAGAACCAAAAGAUCUCCUCCAUUGCUGCAGUUUACUCAUCAGAGUAUCUCCUGUUUGUGGUCGGAGACAAGAUGAUUCGGGUCCCACAGAGAGGACCGGGAUGUCAACACUUUCUGACUUGUGCCAUGUGUCUGAGAGCCCCGAAGUUUAUGAGCUGUGGCUGGUGCUCGGGCGUGUGUUCAUGGGAGAGCGAGUGCUCGAGUCAUUGGCGGAAUGAGUCCUGCCCGCCACGGAUCACCGGGUUCUUCCCGCGGACUGCUCCCCCUGACGGUCAAACUGAGUUAACAGUGUGCGGAUGGGAGUUCCAGUCACCCCUAAGACCCGCUAUUACCUCCAGAAGCCACCAGGUUAGACUGGGACAGACAUCAUGCAUUGUGCUUCCUGUCAAGAGUAACAACACACACCUGGUGUGUAAGAUUCGCUCCGGGGCUACCGAUCUGUCAAAACCAGUCAACAUUACAGUGGAAGUGCACGAGGGCGAGGGAGGCAUGAAGGUGGAGGGACGAUAUGCCAUUGACGGCAAGGCACACAUGCCCGGUUUUACAUUUCUGAUACCUAACAUCACAAAGAUCCAGCCCAACUAUGGGCCUCUCAUCGGGGGAACAUUGAUUACAGUGACUGGAGCUCACUUGGAUGCCGGAAGGACAAGGAGAGUCACGCUUGAUGGUGUGCCCUGUCCUAUAAAAAGAGUCACAAAGCCCAAAGGCAAUAUGUCUUCCAUCGUCUGUCUGUCCCAGCCCAUCUCAGAAGUGAGGGACGUACCUCUCAGUGUUUUCAUCGACAAGUCUCCCGUCAUCACGACAAAGGUUUUUUACUACAAAGAAAACCCCAAGAUUACAGCCGUCCUGCCUGAUUGUAGCUUUGACAGGGGAUCAAAUAUUUUGAUUGAAGGAGAGAACCUGGAUUCUGUUUAUCGUACUAUCAUCCACUUCAGACCUAAUGAGAGCCACUUGAAGCCUGUGACAAGGGAAUGCAUCGGCAAGGCCUUGUCCACAAGGAUGCAAUGUGUCACUCCGGUAUUCCCACGGGACGAGACAGAGGAAGGAGAGCUCUCCUUCGACAUGGAUGGAGCAAUGGGACUUUGGAACAAAGAGUUUUCCUACCACCCGUACGGCGAGCCAAUACCCUUUGAAACAGAAGGACACGAGUUGCAUUUAUACCCUGGAUUUGAUGAAGUUUCACUCCAUCAUCAGAAACUAAAUCUGGUUAGCUCCUGCAUGACCAUCAUCAUGACGGUGGCCGGUGUUGAUUGUGAUGCUAAAGUCCUGGAUAAUGAAAUCACCUGCAGGAUUCCCAAAAACUUAACCAUCCCAAGUGAAGGACUGCCUGUGAAGAUCUCCAUAAACGGACAGGUCCACAACGUGGGUCGAGUAAUAAGGGUCAGCAGCCACUACAUGGUGGGGAUCGUGCUCGGGAUCCUCGCAGCUCUGGUAGCCGGGGCAGUGCUGGCCUUUGCUGUCAUGAAGCACCUGAGGAAGAAAAAGAAAGCUUCCAUGGUGGAGAGCCGUUUGGCCCACUGCGCAAGCCGUUCUGGGACAAAUUCUGUUGAGUUGUCACCGGUCGGCGACUACAGGAGAGUAGUACCCCUAAAUCCUCCGUCUCCCGUCGCCGGGCCUUUGGCCUUCCCCAGCCGGUCCUACGCUGCAGGCAGUAUAGACAUUACUCUCACGCCUCUCAUGGCUGCAGAGAAAAUUUCCAUUUCCAGUUUUAGACCAGAGUUAUUGGAGGAGGUAAAGGAUGUUCUUAUUCCGGCUGAAAUGCUCCUCGUGCAACACCAUCGCAUCAUUGGCAAGGGUCAUUUUGGAACAGUCUAUCAUGGAUAUUUCACGGAUCAUAGCAAUAGAGAAAAACACUGCGCUGUCAAGUCUUUGAAUAGGAUAACGGAUGUGGAAGAGGUGGAGCAGUUUUUGAAGGAAGGUAUCAUAAUGAAGAGUUUCCAUCACAUCAACGUGCUGUCUCUGCUGGGCAUCCUCCUGCCGCAGGAAGGUCUUCCUCUGGUGGUUCUGCCUUACAUGAAACACGGAGACCUGCGCCACUUCAUACGCUGCGAGAAGAGGAACCCCACUGUGAAAGAUCUCAUUGGCUUCGGACUGCAGGUUGCCAAGGGGAUGGAGUAUUUGGCUCAGAAGAAGUUUGUUCACAGAGAUCUCGCAGCACGCAAUUGCAUGCUGGAUGAAUCAUACACAGUCAAGGUGGCAGACUUUGGCAUGGCCAGAGAUGUUUUUGACAAGGAGUAUUACAGUAUUCAAGACCACAGAAAGGCCAAACUGCCCGUCAAAUGGAUGGCCAUCGAGAGUCUACGGACACAGAAAUUCACUUCCAAGUCCGAUGUGUGGUCCUUUGGCGUGCUGAUGUGGGAGAUGCUGACUAGAGGAGCAAGCCCUUACCCUGAAGUGGACCCUUAUGACAUCACGCACUACUUAUUGAAGGGCAGGCGCCUUCCUCAACCUCAGUACUGCCCUGGCCCUCUGUACAGCAUUAUGCUCGAGUGCUGGGACCCGGAUCCAGAAUUGAGGCCUAACUUUGCCACCUUGGUGUCUGCUAUCACCAGCAUCCUCUCGAGCCUCGAAGGAGAACAUUACAUCAGUCUGAACGUCACGUAUGUCAACCUGGACCAGCCGAGGCCCUACCCAGCACUCACAGAGUCUGCUGACGAAUACGAUUCCACGGACGCUGAUAGUCACUCGGAUUCCGUCUCCUCCUGAUCGUAUCCCCUUCAAACUGACCUGGCAUCAGUUUGAAACACAAGAGGACAAAAACUCAUUCAAGUAUGUUUUACCCUUAAGCAGCGGUCCAUUGUUCUGCCAUGUGUGUGUCUGCACACAAGUGCCACGCACUAGUAGCACUAAUUUUGUCUUGUACGACUAGUGUGUGAAAGUAUAUAGCAGUGGAAAAAAAAAAAAAAAGGACAAUCGCUGUCGUAGUUUGGACUAUUUAUCUACUGACUUCUAUUGCAAGUGAGGACAGUGUACUAGUUGCCUACAUGGACGUUAAAGUGGCUCUCAAAAAAUAUUGAAUAAAUGCUCAAACGGCUUUCGAUUUGCCUUAGUAUGACAUUUAAAUAUACGCUUUUAAUUGCGCUGCAGUCCAGUGUUUGUUUUGUAAACUCGGAUAAAGGGAAGCAAUGUGGUUGUUCCAAAUAUUUAUGUAUCAAAAUGUACCAAAAACUAAAUUUGAUGUUCGUAUUGAGCUCAUGUCUGAGAAAGUGUCAUAAAUUAUAAAUAUUUAUUUGUUUAUAAUUGUGUCAUAAUGAUUUGGGUGCCCCUUGUAAACAUUUCAAGCGUGUAAUAUUAUAGUGACCGCUAGAGGUCAGCGUUGCGUUACAUACUUUGUCGGCUCGGAACUCUAGAUGGAUAAAAAUGUUUCAUAGUGACGCUUCUGUAUUUUCAGUAGUCUAGCAACACAAUUGACUCCGAUCUGUUACCCAUCAUCUUUUUAAAUUAGUAUACAAACUUUGUAGCUGUAGUUAUUAGAAAGAAAACACCCCAAUUAGGCACCAUUUCAUUUUUUCCUGUCACCUAUUUUUUUUGCCCUGAAGAUUAAGUAGAAGCAAGCUCAUACAUUUUCAAUUAAAAGAGCAAAUGAGACAGUCAGAGUUGACAACCACUCUAUCACCCUCUCAAAUAAACCAAACAAACAUCCUCCCCCUUCACCGGCACACACUCCUCGCGUUACUCUCACACAUCUGACACAAACAAAGAAAACCAGAGGGAAAUAAACAGGAUACUUUUAUUUUCAUCUUGCCAAAGCAUAGUGGGGCUUUUGAUAUCGAGAAUAACUGAACCCAAUGUAGAUGUCAAAAUCCUUCACUUUGCAGUGCAGAGCCCGCAGAUAAACCAGGCUAUAACUCUCGGAGCAUCUUAAAACGUUUCUCCUGAGCAGGGUUCACCGAGAGGUCUUAUGCAGUAUGCCCUUUGAUAUCUUACUUAUCCACGAGUUUGGAAAGAAUUAAGGGGCAUGAAUCAGAGUGCUUAAAAGUGGUGCACUGUGGGGAGCCUCCAAAUCUGAACGAAGAUAAUGAACUCAUUUCCGUGGUGACAUAAAAAUAUGGCAUCCCGUGGCACAUGAGGGCACCGUCAGAUGCUCAGAGUAUUGUACGCAAGCAUGUUGCCAUGGUGAAGCAGUCCUGAAUUGGCCUUGCAAAUUCCAAUUCCAUGUUGAACCGGUUGAGCCUGAGCUGAGGAUUCGACUUACUGCUGGCCGCUCGGUCUAAGAACUCGCUUUAAUUGUACGGGGACCGAACGGCCCAUAGUAAAAGUAAUGAAGCCCGGUGUCAUUAAAUGUGUUUGGAAUAUCUGGCCACCUAGUGGAUGUAAAACCAUUACAGAGCCACCAGGAGUUACAUGUGCCCCAUUGUUGUUUAGUGGCCUUUUGAGCUGAUUUCAGAACAUCACCAGCAUUUCCAACUACAAAACAAUUUGUUUUCAUAUUUGAUUUGUUUCCUAGCUGUCUACUAAUAUACAAAACAGUAUGUAAUGCUGAGUCAUCAAAUGAUUUGCUCGUUAUGCAUUGGUGGGCGGACUGUAGAUACGAAUAGCUUCAACUUACUAUAUUUCAAACAUGCAAACGACAGCUGUUUUUUUUUUACUCUGACACGUGGAAGAAAUGAAUGAGGACAUAUUUUCUACUCAUGCAUUUGCUCAGCUACUGUACGUCUCCAUAACAAUAAUCUGUGGCUUUUUUGCUCUCCUUCAUCACGGCCUUUUUCAAGCGAGACGGCACGCACGUCAUGAGGAAAGCAUCAAUCUUGAAUAUCUUCAGGGACCAGCCUAUCUCUCAGCACCCUCCUCUUGCUUGCUCAUCAAAAUCGAUGAGCGUUCUAUUCAACGACAACUAUCUGACUUUCGGGCCACGUGUGUUGUCCUUGGUAGCGACGUUCUCCUAGCCAUCGGCGUCCAUUUUUAAUGAUGUUAGAGUAUGUGGCCUUGGUGCCGCUCAUCAAGUACUAGCUCAGGCUCCUGUCAGAGUGUAGGCUUGCUGAGAGGGAUAAGAGCUCUCACUGCUGCUAUGUCGAAAUAGAUGUGCUGUUAUUACUGCCCACUUCUGCUGGACCAUCUGUGGAGUGGCAGAGCGAUGUGACAAUUACAUAAGAUGUUCACAACAAGCCCCCUCGUUCCUAUAUUUUGAGAAAUCUUUGGUGGCAUUUUGAUUUCUGUCAGAUUACAGAUCCGGUGGUAAUAUUAAUUUAUCACCGUCCAAUAUCACCAAUACUAUUUUGCGAACUUGUUAAACUGACCACUAAGUGUACAUGCGCUGAAAUUGGCACGAUAAAUACAGCAUGCUCUAAACCACAGGUGUCAAACACAAGGCCCGGGGGGCCAGAUGCGGCCCGCCACAUCAUGUUAUGUGGCCCAGGAAGACAAAUUGUGCAUCAAAUUCAUGUCAUUUCUAGAAUUGCAAAUUGUCUUCACUUUGAAUAAUAUAUAUUUCUUAAAUAUUUGACCAGUUUUUAUUCAUCUGAUUUGAAAACGAGUUAUUUGUCAGAUUGUUUUGUAGCUUUUACUGUAUAUAAUAUGAGGUACAUGGCAGGCAAAUGCAGUGCUGGAUGGAGACUGGAACUGAAUAUAAAUAUGAUAAACCGAGGUAAACAAGUUAAUCUCAACACGAUUCCUGUUCCCGUUAUUUUUUAUCGCCUUCGUAUCGGGUCUCAGUAGGCAAAUGCAGUUUUUUAAAAUCUAAGCUAACGUGCAUGCGAGCGUUCGUUUCUUUUCGUGGCAGCAUUUGCCUCCCACGCCAGCCAGCGGUGAUGCAUACACACACACACACACACGACUAAAUAAAUUAGCACUCAUCUUAAAAUCUAAUGAAAACCUGAUGCUCUUCAAACCCUGCAGGAGCAAUUUGCAUAAUAAUUAGAACAUUGCAAAAGCCGUGGGGGAGGAUGGCACAACAAACUCCUGUCAAGUGAAUUAUUGAACAUACUAUUGACCAGUGUUUCCCAAACAGCUGUGCCGUGGGAAAUUGUCCUACAUUAAAUACCGAGCGCAUUGUAAACAGGAUCGCCAAACCACAGGUCAGUUAGCGCAAGGCCUGGUCAGCCACUUGCACGAUUAGUGCAUGCGCGGCCAAUCGGAGAAUCUUGAGAUUUCACGUUGUGGCAUCGGCACAUACUCAGUUUAUGUGUGUGUUGCUGUUAGUGUUGGCUCGUGAGUGAACAAUUCGUUCAAAAGAACGGUUUCUUUUUUUCAGUUCAUAUGACUUCAACCAGUAGGUGCCGGUAAUGCGCAUUGAAGCUGGUGCCACCUCACCGUAAAACAAAACGAAGGAGAAAAUGACGUCACUUCCCGUUCACCAACGAACGAAUCUGUGAGUGAACGAAUCAGUGAGUGAGGGAUUCGCAUUUCCAGUUCAUCGGGAGAACGGAUCAGUGAGGGAACGAAUCCUGACUUUCCCGUUCGCGAACGAGUCAAUGGGUCAACUGCUUUCCUGACGGCUAACUUUAUUGCAUGAAGGGAAGCGCCGUUAUUAUUAUUUUUUUUUCACAUUUUCACAUAAUUUCAUGGCACAUAAAUCAACAUGUUCGAGAAAGGAGAAGGAAGAAGCUAUUGCUUGUUUUUUUUCCUACACCUUUUAUACAUCAUCAGACUAUGCUUCUCUUUGGGUAAUCUUGAUUUUAUAACACUUGAAGUAGUUUUUCAAUAACGUGUAUGCAUAUGUACGCCUAAAUAUUGUUAUCCAAUAUAUCUACUGCAAUCACGUUAGAUUGCUGGUUUGAAAUUUACUUUCAAUAUUAUUAUUAUUUUCAAAUAAACAUUUAUGUUAAAACUU